AUUGAUGAUGUGUUGUGCCUUCAUUGGCUAAUACACCAAUAGUAAUUAAUGCUUAGGUGACUAACUUCUCGAUCUACUACAGUACUCCCUUUGUGCGUGUCCUUAUACAUAUACUACUCCCUGUUGAAAACAAAAUAAAGUUCGAGCACCAAAAAGUUUCUGGUCAAUUCCUAAUGAAUUAUGAUCAAUUUUUUUUCCAUCUCUUCAUCCUACCUAGUGCUUCCUCACCUUUACCCCUACUAGCCACCCGUUUAUAAAUCUACAUGCUAGGGUUAGGGUUAUUCACCAGCUAUACAUUAAUUGUAUAUAGACACAGCUAGUGUGCGCUAUAUUAUUUUAUAUAUCUCCACGAAGAAUAUCUAUCUAUCUUUCCCGUUUUCUGGGUGAAAUGAAGAACUGAAAGGAUCUAUCGAUCCAUCCCAGAUUCAACCACACAGAGAACGAGGGAAUUGAAUUGGGUUAGGGUUUUGGGAAAGAUGAAAAAGAGGCAGGUGGUCGUGAAGCGAGAUUACGCCACGUCAUCACCAGCGGUGGGGAAUAUUCGAUACGGGGAGUGCCAGAAGAAUCAUGCGGCGAACACGGGAGGUUAUGCUGUGGAUGGCUGCAGGGAAUUCAUGGCCAGUGCCGGUGAAGGAACAAAUGCGGCGCUUACGUGUGCGGCUUGCGGCUGCCACAGGAACUUUCACAAGAGGGAAGUACUGCACGGCGUAAACUGAACGAACAAGUUCUCAACUUGUCAUAUGAAUUGAGUGAGUUCACACAAUUACCCCUCUUUCCAAUUCUGCUCCUUCAUAUAUGAUUCGUACGAACCACCCACAAUGAGGAAUAAAAAAAAUAGAAACACAAUAUAUAUAUAUAUAUAUUUUGCAGAGUUUGUGUAUCAAAUUAGAUGAUUGAAUUGAAGGUUUAAGUUUCUUCCCAUCUUGCUUUUUUUCUCUGGUGCUUGCAAUUAAGUGUUGAUUGCCGAUACAAUAGACAUUGAUAUUGAUAUUGUUGUAAAAGAAAAUAUAUUGAACUUAUGGACUUUUUUAGUUCUUGGAAUAUUAUUCAAUUGUUGUUCUCUC